CUGACGACACUGUCCUCGAUGAACGUGUGGUCCAGUUUGAGGUCCUGGAGAAAGGAAGCAAGCGGGUUGGUAGACUACUGGUGGCAUCAGAUGGCUUCACCUACAGCGUUAAGAGAAACAACAAAGAGACGACGAUGUGGAGAUGUAGCAUUAGAUCUCAAAAGAUGCUGUGUCCCGCCACUGUCCUUCAGCGAGGCAACGACUUCAAUCGUGCACCAGUACAGCACUGCCACCCUGGGGACUUAAAGCUGCCAUUCUUGAAGAAAGUCUCUGCCCUGGCGAAGGAGACCGCAGAAAGCCAGGUGUUUCGGCAGGCCAGAGAAAUAGUUGAGUCAACAGUGGCAGAUACCAUUGAUGAACCAGAGAGAUUUCUAGCUCCACGUACAGCCAACAUCAAGCGAUAUGUCAACCGACACCGGGCAGGCUUUCGUCCCCAGGAACCUGUUGACCUCAACUUUGAGAUCAACAUGGAUUUUCUGCAGUGUCAGGACUUCCUUGUAGCAGAUUUUCACCAAGAUGGGGCUCGGCACCUUAUUUUCGGAAGCGACCACCACCUUGAGAUCCUCCGCCAUGCCAGACGAUGGUUCAUCGACGGAACCUUCAAGAUUGUUCCAUCAUUCUUGAAACCCACAGGACAACUCCUGUCCAUCCAUGCGUUUGUGAACAAGGACGGGAAGAGUAUGCAGUUCCCCCUCCUCUUUGUCCUGAUGUCAAGGCGGCGGAAGGAAGAUUAUAUCCAAGUGUUCAUGACUCUCCUGGAGAAUGUGCGACAACCUGCGGUGGAGAUGAUCACUGCAGAUUUUGAAGCAGGAAUCUGGCAGGCUGUCAGGGACGUCUUCCCGAACGUGACCUUAAAGGGGUGUGUGUUUCAUUGGACGAAGGCCAUAUGGACCCGCAUCCAGAACCUCGGGCUCGUGACCACCUUCAGAGAGAGGGAAGCAUCCCACACAUUCAUGAAACAGCUGAUGGCCUUGCCUUUCUUGCCUUGGAAUCAUAUUGUGGACGUGUUCCGGGUGCUGAGGGAGAAGUGCCCACCCCACCUUCAGGAACUGGUGCAGUACAUCAACCGGCAAUGGAUGGAAAACGCCACCUUCCCUAUCCGUUCGUGGAGCAUAUUUGAGUUCACGAUAAGGACGAACAACGAUGUUGAAGGUUGGCAUCGACGCAUGAAUGGAAAGGCUAACGGGUUAGCCCUCCCGUUGUACCAGCUUGUGCCCCUGCUGAUGCGCGAAGCAAACGUUGUGAAAACGAGGAUCGCGGCAGGAGACCUGGAACGCAAUGUAAGGCGAUCUUCUGUGAAGAUGCAGCAAAAAGUGCAACAGGCCACCACUCGCUAUAUGGAUGAAGAAAUCACCGCCUCCCACUUCUUGAAGGUCUGCGGAUCCAUGUACGGAGAGGGAUUUGACAUAUAGUGAAACGUGACUCAUCCAUCCAUGCAUGAUCUCUCAUGAACGUAAAUGUGAAAUGUUAAUAAAAUGCUGUAAUGGUAAUAAAAUUAUUUAGUUACGAA